AUGGACCCCUGGGGCCACUGCCUGAACCAGAAACCCAAGGACUGGGGCCGAGAUGCCCCUGGAGCAGUGGAGAGCCCAGGUCCCGCGGAGUGUGCGGAUGGCGGGUCAGCGCAGGCAUACCUGAGGCCAGGUGGAGCUCCUGGCAUGCGGGCGGACGACUACAUCAAGAGCUGGGAGGACAAUCAGCAAGGAGAUGAAGCCCUGGAUACCACCAAGGACCCCUGCCAGAAGGUGAAGUGCAGCCGUCACAAAGUGUGCAUUGCCCAGGGCUACCAGCGGGCAAUGUGCAUCAGCCGCAAGAAGCUGGAGCACAGGAUCAAGCAGCCUGCCCUGAAACUCCAUGGAAACAGAGACACCAUGUGUAAGCCCUGUCACAUGGCCCACCUCGCCUCCGUCUGCGGCUCUGAUGGCCACACUUACAGCUCAGUGUGUAAGCUGGAGCAGCAAGCAUGCCUGAGCAGCAAGCAGCUGACGGUGAGAUGCGAGGGCCCCUGCCCCUGCCCCACAGAGCAGGCCGCCACCUCCUUCACAGAUGGCAAACCAGAGACCUGCACGGGCCAGGACCUGGCUGACUUGGGGGAUCGGCUGCGGGACUGGUUCCAGCUCCUUCAUGAGAACUCCAAGCAGAACGGCUCAGCCAGCAGUGGGGCCCGCCCGGCCAGUGGGCUGGACAAGAGCCUGGGGGCCAGCUGCAAGGAUUCCAUCGGCUGGAUGUUCUCCAAGCUGGACAGCAGUGCCGACCUCUUCCUGGACCAGACAGAGCUGGCUGCCGUCAACCUGGACAAGUACGAGAUCUGCAUCCGCCCCUUCUUCAACUCCUGCGACACCUACAAGGAUGGCCGUGUUUCUACCGCCGAGUGGUGCUUCUGCUUCUGGAGGGAGAAGCCCCCCUGCCUGGCAGAGCUGGAGCGUAUCCAGAUCCAGGAGGCUGCCAAGAAGAAGCCAGGAGUCUUCAUCCCGAGCUGUGACGAGGAUGGCUACUACCGGAAGAUGCAGUGUGACCAGAGCAGCGGCGACUGCUGGUGUGUGGACCAGCUGGGCCUGGAGCUGACUGGCACCCGCACGCACGGGAGCCCCGACUGCGACGACAUCGUGGGCUUCUCAGGGGACUUUGGGAGCGGUGUCGGCUGGGAGGACGAGGAGGAGAAGGAGACAGAGGAAGCAGGCGAGGAGGCGGAGGAGGAGGGCGAGGCUGGCGAGGCGGAUGACGGAGGCUACAUCUGGUAGAUGGACCGCGGGGAGCUGGGGCAGGCCAGGGUGCUGACGGCCGGGGAGACAGGCCAGCAGAGGCCUGGACAGAAGCAGGCAGAUUGUGAACGGAUCCAGAAAAUAACAGUCUGAAGCUACCCUGGCUCCAACGGGGAGGACCAGAUGUGUGAGUGUGCAUGGCACGUGUGUGGCAUGUAUGGCCAGGAUGUGUGAAUGUGUGUGUGUGUGUGUGUGUCUGUGUGUGUGUGUGUGUGUGUGUGUGUGUGUGGCAUGCACUGAAAAACGUGUCCUUGGUCCACACUGCUACUGGCUGAGUGAGUCACCCAAAGACCCCUUCGGCCUCCUUGUAGUUGUUUUCUUUCCAUUUUAGUUUUAAAAUACACACAUACACACACUGCAAGGUCAAAACUGAUUAAAUGAGAUGCCCCCUUGCCAGUCCCCCAGCCCCAUCCAGGCCCACCCUGACACCCUGGGAUUCCUUGUCCUGAUUUGCUACCCUCACCUCAAUCAGUCCUCCCUCCUCCUGCCCCUGCCCUUCUCUCUUUCCCUUCUGGAGUCAAGCCCUGGCCUGUGGGAUGAGGCCUAGGGACCAUCCCUGGGGGCAGAGGAGAGGGAGGGCAGGGAGCUGUCUGCUGGCCAGUUUGGCUGUGACACGCCCAGCAGACUCAGAUGAGGGGCUGGGACACCCUCCUCAGUGAGCGCUUACCCUUUGCUGGACUCUCCUCCUAACCCAAGCCAGUGUGACCAGAGGUGGCAGAGAAAGAGCUGGGGGAAGAA